GUCCGACCCUAACGGGCAUGCGCAUCUCCAGCUGUUGUCGGAGGGUGGAUCCAGUAUUGUUUGUGAUCGUCUCUAUCGGUGGCUGAGAUGUCUGGAUUUCUAGAUAACAUCAGAUGUCCAGAAUGUGAAUGUAUUGACUGGAGUGAAAAACGAAAUGCCAUUGCAUCAAUGGCUGCUGGUGUGUUGUUUUUCACAGGCUGGUGGGUUAUCAUUGAUGCUGCUGUGAAGUACCCUGAAAUGGACAAAUUCAACCACUCCUACCACACCUGUGGUGUGAUAGCAACACUUGCAUUUCUCAUGAUAAAUGCUGUUUCAAAUGGACAAGUUCGUGGUGAUGGCUAUAGCGAAGGUUGUAUGGGCCAGACAGGUGCUCGAAUUUGGCUGUUCAUUGGUUUUAUGUUGGCAUUUGGAUCUCUCAUUGCGUCCAUGUGGAUCCUCUUUGGUGGUUAUGUUGUGCCACAAAAGUCAGAUGUUUACCCUGGUAUAGCUGUCUUCUUCCAAAAUGCAUUUAUCUUCUUUGGAGGUCUGGUCUUCAAGUUUGGACGUACCGAGGAUCUGUGGCAGUAAAUAUGUGGCACUGAGGUUCACUGACUACGUAUUUUGUAUUUUCUCACAACUUGCAUCUUGCUGUAUUUAGUGUAACUUUUACUGUUGAGUUUACAUGUUAACGCUGUACCAUUUUUCCAUUUGGAGCUCAUAUUUGACUUUGAUAUGUUUUUGGUUAUUUAUGGGCAUUGUUAGGAUGAGUGGUAUAUAAUUAUGUAGAACAGAUUAAAAUGUUACCUAGCAAUAGUUGAACUCAAAAUGGAGGAUAUAGUCGCCGUAUAACAUUGUGAUUUUUUUUUAGAAAGAUAGAUGGGAUUUUCUGGGCAAGUUGGGUUAUGAGUCACUGGUUUUAUUGUUGAUCUUCCAGUGAUGUCCUUAUUUCAUAAUUUCCAGGAAACUAAUUCAUACAGGGUAUAGCAUACAUGCUGUUCCAUCAACUCUGGAAGAAGUGUAAUACAAAGGUGGGCAUAGUUUCACAAGGUGCUCAACUAUUUCUGUCCGUGUAUUCUAUGCUUCUCUGGCAAGUCCUACUAUGAUCAUUGGUCAUAUAUUCCUCAUUCUUUGUAGUAUUACUUGCGUAUUCAUAGUCCUAAAAAAUAUUCCCAUACUCUAAUUCCCAUACAUGCCUAAUUGUAAGGUUCAUGAUUCAGAUAUUUCUUGUCACGUAGGGAGUCAAUCUCUCAUCAUAGAACAAGGAAUAAAAGCUCUGAAGAUGUCGUGCAACUGCUUGACUUGAACCGCAAGCAGCAAUUAAUACCUUUUGGAAAUAUUUUCCGACCUGAUAAUUGAUGGCUUGAUUACACUGGCAAACGCAACAAAGACAACAUGCUGCAUUAACCUUUCCAUGCUGUUUGGAAAGUAAUCCAAGUGCAAGUAUUGUGCAGACAAAGCUUUCUUGAAAGCGGGAGCAUCAACAAUAAUGCUCAUGUCCAGCCGCCUCAUUAUUUGGCACAAAUCUGCCUUGUAUUUCUGCUUUGUUUCAAUGUGAAUUAUCAAUCACUGAUCAUAGAUAUUAAAAUUUUCCUCCCACUACAUAAUCUAUCUUGUUAAUCUAGAAAUUUAAAGUCCAUUCUUUCCACGUUUUUGGAGUGAGGAAGUAAUAGCUGUUGUCUUCUAACAUAGGUAUUCAUCCACCUUGCCUUUUGUCUCAGACUCCAUCCUCUAGAAUAACCAGAAAAUAUCCAACCUGGCAGACAGUGCAGCUACUAUAUCUUUUUGAACAUGAUGAGUAGUUUGGAAUUCUUAUAACUAUUAACAUUUAGAACUUGCUGAUCUCUGCAUUUGGAAAUUUGAUCCAAGCAAAAUGCCAAAAAAAGGAAACUAGAAAAAAAAAUCAAUUCUGCAGUACAGAAAUCAAACUUCAAAUAGUUUUACUUGACAGAAAGUCCUGAGUCAGUCUACAUUAGUUAAUAUCAAACCCACUCUGCCUAGAUUUACUUGGUAUAACUGUCUUAUGACUAGCAUGAAUCUAAAAAAUUUGUUUUUGCAGGGUUCUAAGUUGGGACAGACCUGUUAUGUUUUGGAGAGUUUGACGAGCACUUUAACCCAAUUCAGAAAUGCUCUGCCAAAAUAGAAUAGCAUUAACCAGGUGUUAUCCCACACAACAUCUUCCUCAACUCCUGUGCUGGAAAGCAACUUUAUAUUAUGGAUAUUGUUGCAGCAGAAGUUUCCAGGAAAUUCCUAAUAUUUGUUUUAAAUAUAGAAGCUCCUGGAUUUAAAACUAAGGUUAGUUUGUAUGGCGCUUCUACACAAGCGUAAGAUGUUCUGGGGGUUUUGAGCCAGGUAAAUACCUUGUGUAGUUACUAUCUCUGUACCUUACCUACUAAAUAAGAUCUGUAUUGUUCAACCUCUUAAAACCCCUGUUUGCUAAAACAGUGAUGUAUUAGUGAACACUGCAAGAUUGCAUUAAAGAUUUUGGUGUUUGUAAGUUGGAGAUUCAUGGUGAAUGUCCCUCUAACUUUACUGAUUUUCUUAUGCUCUCCCUUUUCCAAUAUGAGAAGUCCAACUUGGUGGAAUACAUGACUUGUUAUAUUCUGAACAGAAAAAGUAAGUAGCAAUAACUGACUUGGGUAGUUCAAAAAAAAUGACUGUUAGCAGAUUUGGAGAAAGCUGUGCUAAUACAGUGAGGGAAUAUUGUAAUGACAGUUUUAAGAUUAAAAUGAAGGUAAUUAUCAACAUCUAUCUAACAUAUUUAAUACUGAUGAUAGAGAAGCUCCAGUGAUCAGUGGUGGCAUUCUUAGAAUGUUAGUUUAUGUGAAAUCUUGAGAUUCAGGAAUUAUGUUGGCAGCCAUGUCCACUACAAAUCAUGUUGACCCCUCACAUACAGACAUACACAGGGUCUUUUAAGUUGUAGCUUAUUAGUAAUUGUUGUUUAAAUAUUCUGCUAUAGUUGUUGCAUUCCUAAAAAUAAAAAAGUAAGAAGGAUUCCUAUAAAAUGCCAUAAUAAUAUUCUUUGGUAUCUAACUUCAUUUUGCACAGGCAAGUAAUGAAAAGUUGACUUUAGUGCAGAUGUAUCCUUUGAGCUUUUUUUUGCUUUAUUAAAGUUACCAUGGGGCUCAAUCAUGUAUUUUAAUUACUUGCUAUUUUGUGUAAUCAAUACUUUUCAUUUGUUUUAAUUAUGAAGUGUAUGUGUAAUCCAUCAAUUGCAAAAUUACCAAGUAUUAAAAUC